AUGGAGUCGCAAGCACCUCCAAUUGAAGACGCUAACGUUUGGGGCUUGGUUAGCUUAAAAAAAGGCAACAAGCGCAAACAGCAAAAAGUGCUCAAUGAUCUACGUCGCGAGACAAAAGUCUUGGAGGCAGUUGAUGAAAUCCAAAAUGAGAAGAAAAAUCGAAGAGUUGCUUUCCGGGGAGUUAAACGGCAGUUGACUCUGUGGAAAGGCCCUGUACUGAAGAACAGGUUGGCCGAUCAACUGAUUUUUCCACUGAACGACAAUUCGGUAACCUUCGUCAACUCCGAAGAAGAUCAACUUUUAAGAACUAAGGAACAUAUAAAAGACUCAAGGAAAGACUCUGAAUCUCUCCAGGGUCAACUGUAUGAAGCAAUCUAUCAUAGAUCUAAAAGUGUUUUGAAACCGCGGCUAGCGGAUAAAAUAGGUGCCGAAGUUCGGAAAAAGUUAUUAGAGAAAAUUAAUCAACGUGAUAAAGAAAGGUUUAUCGUUGCUCGCUCUGCCGCCCAGAAUAAACGUCAAAAUAAAAUCAAAAGCAAAACUUUCCACCGACAUCAGAAAAGGCGGCUUCUGAAAGAGUUUGAGAAAAACAUGGAGGAUAUGAGAAAGAACGAUCCAAAGGCGUUCGCUGAACGAAUAUUACAGGCUGAAGUUAACAGAGCCAAGGAACGUGCUAGCUUGCGUCAUCGUGGCGGAAGUAAAUUUGCUCGACUGCAAAAACUUCGAGCAAAAUACGAUACAGAAGCCCGCAAUGCUGUCGCCGAAAUGAAUGAACGUUCUCGAGAACUGACGAAGAAAAACGAUUUGGAUGAUUCAUCUGAUAGCGAGGAUUCUGACAUUGAUGUCACUUCAGAAUCAGAAUCUGAUUCGGAUGCUUCUUUGUUUGAUGAGAAUCAUUCUUCAGAGAAAGAAGAUGAAGACGAUACAAAGAAACUUCUGUGGUGGCGUUCGGCUAAUGAUACUACAGAGAGUGAAACCAAAGUACACAAAGCACAACAACCCACAGUGCUAUCAACUUUGGCAGCUGAGAGCGUGUUGGAACGCUGUGCUUCUAGUCAGCCCAUGAAUUCUGUCGUCGAACAGAUGGAACAAGCGGAACCUGAGGCAGAUGCGCUUGAUCCCGAUGCUGACGGCUUUUACCGUGCCCUGGAGGAGACCUGCGCCACAGAUCCGGGACUUCAGGACCAAUUUGCCAAAGAAAAAGCCGAGGCCAUUGAAGAAGAAACACCGAAAGACUUGGACACAUUCCUUCCCGGUUGGAAUGCUUGGACCGGACCGGGAACGGAAGCUGCAGACGAGGAAAGACGUAAAAAGCAUAUUAUACCGGCUCCCAAAGUGCGUCGCAAAGAUGCGAGUAAAUCACACGUGCUGAUUCGUCGGCGGGUGAAUAACGAGUUUAAAGAACAUUUG